CGCGUCCCGGCCCAUUUGAUUUCACUGAAAGCGCGCAAUCAUAUGUUUGUAAUACAUAGCCCAUAAUGGAAUGGAGAAGAAGUGUGUUCCAAGAUGUAUUGCCGGUGAUGGCGGAAAGGCUGGGCGGGGAUGGAUUGAUCGGCGAGCUGUGCAAUGGGUUUGAGGUGCUGAUGGAUAAGGAGAAAGGGGUGAUCACGUUGGAGAGCCUCAGGAACAACUCUGCUCUGCUGGGAUUGACGGACAGUGAGCUCCGGUGCAUGCUUGAAGAAGGGGAUUCUGACGGAGAUGGGGCCCUUGAUCAGAUGGAGUUUUGUGUGCUCAUGUUUCGAUUGAGCCCUGAAUUGAUGGAACGGUCCCAGUUUUUGCUACAACAGGCUCUUUCUCAUCUCUUUUAACGUAACACUGCUCACUGUACUUCAUUUUCCCUUCCUCAUCCAACGCUUUGUUUCUUAAUGAAUGAAUGUCAUUCUUUGUCACGUCAACCUAAACAUAGCUCGCUUGCUUUUCAACACUAUUUUGUUUUGUUUUUGUUCUCAGGAAACAUCAUCAUCGUAUAUAUCCUUUUUUGGAUGAAACCAAAAAUUAUAUUCAAGUAACAAGUAAGUACAUGUAUCAAUGUAUGUGUGUGUGCAAAAUCUAAAGCCCUCGGCUCAUAGAAAGCAUGCAUCUAGUCUAAGUCGUGGCCCAAAUCUAUACAACUGGUGUCCCAAAAUAUCAAAACUCGUCAUGGAUGCUGCUGCUAAAAGCACGCACACAAUUCAUAAUCCAUCAAAAAGAAAAGAAGUUAUGCAAGGAGCACUCACUUAUUAUUACAACCACAUAGCCAUUGUAUGAACGAAUUUAAAAGGGCUUUGAUCACCGUAUAUACAUCCUUUUAUUACGGUUAUGAAACUGUUGAUGUCCGUGUUUAUCUUUAUUUUUGGAAGGUGCA